AUGGACCAAAUCAACAAUCCUUCCAGUCCUUACUACCUUUAUCCAGGAGAAAAUCCAGGGAUCUCCCUUAUUUCACAGGUUCUUGAUGAAUCAAACUAUACUUCUUGGAGCAGAAAUAUGAGACGGGCUCUCUUCUCCAAGAACAAGCUGAAAUUUAUAGAUGGAGGGAUAAAGAAACCACAAAGGGAGGAUCCUCUGUUUGAUUCUUGGGAAAGAAGUAAUAUGAUGGUAUUGUCUUGGAUCAUCAAGACACUCUCAGCCCAAAUAGCAGAAAGUGUGGUCUAUGUUGAAGAUGCUCAAGAAUUAUGGGAAGAAUUGAAGGAGAGAUUUUCCAAAGGAGACCACUUCAAAUUCUCAGACUUGCUGCAAGAAAUUCACUCGAUUAAGCAAGGAGAAAGGAGCGUGAAUCACAGGAAAGGCAGGAGAAACAUAAUUCAGGACAUACUAAUCAAGCUGAUAUCAAGAUUCUUGCCACAAACACAGAAAGACAGAACAACUAAAAAGGUGAUCAAGGUUGGAGAGGUCAUGGGCGUGGUUUUCCAUCUCGCGGCCAAGGAAGAGGGAAAGGAAGAAAUCCCAAUCAAGGAAAGCAAUGCUCUUAUUGUCAUAAGAUGA